CAGGACGCGGGGCCAGCCGCUAAAAGGGCCGGGCGGGCCGCGCCCACGCGGUCGCCAUGGAGCUUCCCCCAGGGCUGUAUGCUGGGCCUCGCGCGUGGGACGAUGACUCGGACCCGGAGCCGGAGUCCGACCCUGAUGCGCAGGCCGAGGCCUACGUGGCCCGCGUGCUCAGCCCUCCGCAAUCCGGGCUGACUCCUCCGUGUGUCUCGUUGCUCUCUACGCCCGCCGCGUCUACGGGCGCCCUGGAGCGGAGAAUCAAGUCCAAGGUCCCUACUGUGGGUGUGCCCGGCCUGCUAAGCCUUCCUCCGGAGCUGUUGCUCGAGAUUUGCGCCUACCUGGAUGCGCGCCUCGUGCUCCAUGUCCUGCCGCGCGUGUGCCAAGCGCUGCGCGACCUUGUAUGUGACCAUGUCACCUGGAGGAUACGCGCGCAGCGCCGCGUACGCGCGCCCUACCCAGUGGUGGAAGCUGUGAUUACAGAGGAGGACUUUGACUGGCCAGCAGCCUGCAUUGAGCUGGAACACCACCUGUCCCGCUGGGCAGAGGAUGGGCACCGAGCUGAGUACUUCUGCCUGGCUGAUGGCCACUUUGCUUCUGUUGAAUCAGUGCUGCUGCUCCAGGGUGGGACACUCUGUGUGUCAGGCUCCCGAGAUCGCAACGUGAACUUGUGGGACCUGCGGCAGCUGGACAAGGAGCCCAGCAAGGUUCUGGUCAAGACCUUGGGAACUGAGAAGAACAGCACCCACAAGGGCUGGGUAUGGUCACUGGCGGCACAGGAAACGCAGGACCACCAUGUGUGCUCUGGCUCCUGGGACAGCACUGUGAAGCUGUGGGACGUAGCGGCUGAUGGACAGCAGUUUGGCGAGAUGAAGGGCAAGUCGGCCGUGCUGUGUCUCUCCUACUGUCCUGAUGUCCUGGUGGCUGGCACCUAUGACAAGAAGGUGACCCUCUACGACCCCAGAGCUAGCCCGGCCUUGCUGAAGAACUGGCAUCUGCACUCGGGUGCUGUGUUGACAUUGCUGGCCGAUGACAGGCACAUCAUCUCAGGCAGUGAGGAUCGCACCUUCGUGGUGUUGGACCGCCGAGCCAACAACGUCCUGCAACGGCUGCAGCUGGACUCCUACCUGCUCUGCAUGUCCUACCAGGGGCCCCAGCUCUGGGCCGGCGACAACCAGGGCCAGCUUUACGUCUUUGCCAACCGUGAUGGCAGCUUCCAACUUGUCCGGUCUUUCAACGUGGGCCACAGGUCUCAAAUCACAGGGAUCAGACACUCGCUGGGGGCCUUGUACACCACGUCCACUGACAAGACCAUCCGGGUGAGGACAUGGUCUGCCCUCACUCCACGUUGGCCCGGGCUCCGCCUCCUGACCCUGCCUCUGUUCACAGGUGCACGUGCCCACAGACCCGCCGAGGACCAUUUUUACCCGAAGCCACCACAGUGUGCUCAAUGGGAUCUGUGCGGAGGGCAACAUGGUGGUGGCUGCCUCUGGGGACCUGUCACUGGAGGUCUGGAGGCUGCAAGCCUGAGCAGGAGGACACAGAUGGAGAUGAUGGUGUGCACUGCCAGUUGCAGGCUGAGCCUUGGCCUCUGUCGUGGGGAACCUUCCCUCUGUUGGUGCUGCCUCUGUCUUGCCCCAUAGGCCCAGGGCACGUGAAGUCCUGGGCGUGGCUGGGCGAGUCCCUGGGCUGGGCUCCAUGCCUGUGCAGGUGACAUUACAGUUCUGGCCCACCCAGGGGGCCUCCUCCUCACCAUUGGGCCUUGAUUUUGUUUUGUUGGGUUUUUUCUAGAUAGGGUCUCACUGCGUAACCCAGGGUGACCUUGACUUGCUAUCUCGCUGCCUCCACCUGGCAUUACACACAAGUGGCUUGGGUCCUGGUUCAGUUAUGAUUUGGUUGCUCCUCUGCCUGAUGGAAUUCAAGGAGAAAUAAAUCUG